AUGUCCACGGAUACGGUCAUUACCGCAAGUGCCAUUGCUCCUACUCUGGAAGCUAAGAUCCUCUCCUUGGUACAAAAGAUCGAUCGCACGUCUACAGUCAUCUCACCGGCUGCCAAACUCAGACUGGAGAUGCUGGUGGCGGAUGCCCAAACCAAAGGAGCGAAAAUUUACACUGCCCCGCCUCAGAACUAUCUCCCGACUGUUAUUACUGGCCUCACUAAGGAAAUGAUAUUAUACGAGACAGAAUCAUUCGGACCGGUUGUUGGCAUCUUAACGGUUGAUUCUGGAGCUGAGAUCAUUGAGAUCGCCGAGCAGGCUACUUACGGCCUAUCAGCCUCUAUCAUCUCCAGUAAUCACUAUCGCGCGAUCAAGUUGUCUGAGUCUAUCAAGGCAGGAGCUGUUCACAUCAACUCAAUGACUGUGCAUGAUGAGCCAACUUUGCCCCACGGAGGAUAUGGCGAAAGUGGCUGGGGCCGGUUUGGGUCUAAGUGGGGAAUAGGGAGUUUGUGCAAACCAAGACUGUCAUAUUACAUCCGUGAAAUCACCUAUGUUAUCUCUGUUCCCGGUGUCUCCCCGGUAUUUCCAGAUUCCCCGGGAUUUGGGUUCCGGCUCCCCGUGCCCCAGUUUUAUUUCCAAUCGUGGGGGGCUAGACGCUUGCAGAGGCGAAAAUGA